ACCAGCCAGCAGACCCCAUCCCCUUCAUGAUCAGUCACCUGCGCAGGAACAAUGACAAUGUGCCGAAGGUGGUGAUCUUAGGUCCGCCUGCCUCAGGGAAAACCACCAUUUCAGCCUCCCUGAAUCCAGCCCCCGGCCAUGAUGUUACUUUUAGAGACAGCGGUUUCCCCCACUUGCCGGUUCUUGGUAUCACCAGGACUUUGAAAACUCCAGGGUCCUGGAGUCUCCUGCAAAUGGGUGUGGUCGCACCUGGGACUGGGCCUGGACCACCAGUGAUCUUGAUGCUGGGAUCCAUGGUAAUGCCUGCUGGGCUCUCUUACUGAGCUGUGUUCUCAGCAACAGUGCAGCUCUCCUUUAGGCAAUGUGGCUCUGCAAACAUCUGAACAGCAACCUCGUCACCAAGGAGAACUUACUAGAAAGAGAGUUCUCCCCCCUGGCUGAGGAAGCCAAGAAACACUUCCAGACUUACAAGAGGAUUCCCAAUUCGUUGCUUGUCGGCCUGGUCCAGGAGCGCCUGAGUGAGGAUGACUGCCUCAGGAGGGGCUGGAUCCUGGACGGCAUCCCUGAGAGGCGGGAGCAGGCGCUGAUGAUCCAGACUGUGGGGCUGGCGCCCAAGCAUGUCAUUGUGCUUAGUGCUCCAGACACAGUCCUGAUUGAGAGAAACGUGGGGAAGCGGAUUGACCCCAUCACUGGAGAGAUCUAUCACACCACCUUUGACUGGCCCCCUGAGUCUGAAAUACAGAACCGGCUGAUAGAGCCAGACGGCAUCUCAGAGAUAGAGACUGCGAAGAAGCUGCUAGAAUAUCACAGAAACAUCAUCAGGAUUCUUCCUUCUUACCCCAAAAUCCUGAAAACCAUCAGCGCAGACCAGCCAUGUGUGGACAUCUUCUACCAGGCUCUGACCUACGUCCAAACUGGUCACCGAUGCAAUGCCCCGUUCACCCCCAAGGUGCUGCUCUGUGGGCCAAUGGGCAGUGGGAAGAGCUUGCAGGCAGCCCUUCUGGCCCAGAGAUACGGCCUUGUUGACAUCUGCUGCGGGCAGCUGCUGAAGGAAGCUGUGGCAGCCAAGUCAACCUUCGGGGAGCUCAUCCAGCCGUUCUUUGAAAAGCAGAUGACAGUGCCAGACAGCAUCAUCACCAAGGCUCUGGCCGAGCGUCUGAGCAAACAAGACUGCAUCCAGAAAGGGUGGGUGCUGCAUGGCUUCCCAAGAGACCUGGACCAGGCACGGAUGCUGACCUCUAUGGGCUACAGUCCCAACAGGGUGUUCUUCCUGAACGUGCCAUUGGAUUCCAUCCUGGAGCGAAUGACGCUGAGAAGGACUGACCCUGUCUCAGGAGAAAGGUUCCAUCUCAUGUACAAGCCCCCUCCCACCGUUGAGGUCCAGGCUCGUCUCCUGCAGAACCCCAAGGACUCAGAGGAUUACAUCAGGCUCCGAACGGACCUGUUCUUCAGGAACUCUGGGGACCUGGAGCAGUACUACGAGCGGGCCAUCACCAUCAACGGGGACCAGGACCCAUACACAGUCUUCGAGUACAUAGAGAGCGGGAUCAUUAAUCCUCUGCCCAAGAAAAUGACCUGAUAACGUGCAGAGCCAUGAGCAAGCCCUGGAGAUACUAGAAUCCCUCUCCCACAACCUUCAGCAGACCACCACCACCACCACCACCACCCCAGCCAAUAAAGAUGCUAGGCACAACCUCAGGUAGCCUUCUUCUGGAGUCUGAGAACACAGGGCAGAGGACGCCCACGGAGUGGGCACAGUGGAAUACUGGAUGCUAGGUCUCCCUCUAAAGUCAGGUGUGGAUGAAGCCCAUCUCAAGCAGCAGCAGCACCCCACUGUGGGUAACUGGGUGGGUGCACUGGUCAUGUUCUAUAGCAGAAUGGAACCAAUAGCAUGGAUAUAUAUUACAAAAGGCAUUUAGUGAUUGGCUUACGUGACACCAGCUAGGCCAACAAUGGGCAUCUGCAUGCUGGAGAGUCUGAGAACCUCACAGCUGCUUAGCCCACAGGGCUAGGUAAUCUAGAUGUUUCAGUCUGGUGCUGAAGGCAGGGAGGAUUCCUGGAGAGCCACUGGUCUUUAGUCCACACUGGAAGGUUGAUAAAACUCGGUUCUGAUAUCAGUAGAGCAUAGUAGGAGUGGUAGCAACAGGUCAGAUGCAUCCAUAAGCAAGAAAUGAAGGCAGGCAGGCAAAGCAGGCCUGGUUUUCCCUCACACAUGAGGUGUUUCCCACUCUAGGGGAGGCUGUCCCUCCUCAGCUAAUCCCCCCAAAGAGACGUGGCUCUUUGCCAAUCCCAGGUCCAGUCAAGUUGACAACCAAGUUUAACCACCACAGAGUUAAACUCACUCUUCACAGCCUCUCUGUCCCUCGCUAGCAGAGGUGGAGUGAUAACCACAGGCGCCUCUCAGUAACCCAAAGGAUCCAGUGGGGUGAUCGACAGAGCACUCAGCCCAGUGAGGACACAUGUGAGCUCUGCUUUAGAGCUUCAGCACUGAGCUAAAUGCAAUGGCACCCAGCAAUUGGGAGAUAGAGACCAGAGGAUCAGGAGUUCAAGACCAGUCUCCUCUGGUUACAUGGUUCAAAGGUCAUUCUGUACUGCAGCAAACUCUUGUCUCAAAAAGAAAAACAUGGCACCCAGUCGAACUCUCUGGAAUGAGGGACAUUGCUUCUAUCUGCACUGUCUAUGUUGGCAGCCUCUGGCCACAGGAGGCUCCUGAGGCACCUGUAAUAUGGUUGUGCCAUGGGAGAGGUGUGUUUUAAGUUUUAUUUAGCUUUUACACAUUUGAAUUUCAACAGCCUUUCGAGGCUGGCAGCUGCUCUAAUGAACAGUGUGUGUGUGUGUCAGGGGGUAGUGGGAGGAGGGCUGGGGAGGUGUUGUGAGGCCAAGGCACCAGUCAUCCCCUGUCCUCUGUAUAGCCUGCAGGCCCCACAGGAGGGGCCUGGACGGAGAGACCUGGGUUUGAUGGUGUGACUGGAGUUCCUUUCACAUCUCCUUCCAUCAUCUCAUCCUUCAGGAUGGUCCCAGUCAGGCAAGUCCUUAGGUGUCCCACGUGCAGAUGCAAGAAGGUAACUCCCUUACCUAAUGUCACCUGUCUCUAAGACUGACCUUAAAUCCAGGAUUCCCGGGACUGGGCUGACCUCAGAGUCUAGCACUUAGGGCUCUGGGAAGCUCAGAGACCCUGGGACCGAUGCCCAAAGGCCCUUCUGGCUUAGGACAGCUCAAAGCCCAUUUAGCAGAGCAUGCCCCUGGGCCUGUCCCAGCUAGGUGCACAACCUGCCUUCUGUGCCUCCCUCUCUGCUGAGUGCCUCGGCUCCAUUUCCCUAGGCUGUCGGACCCUGAGCACCACCUCCCGAAUCUCCACCAGGGUCUCCCCACCAAGGUCCCCUGCAGUGCCCACCCUCAAACUUAUUUGACACCACACACUCAUUUCAGCACAUGUCCAGCUUGCCAGGGCUCCCUGCAGGGUGUUAGAAAAGAAUAUUCUCAGUGUCACACAAAGAAACACAUUAAUAAAGUAAAAGUGAUGGUAGGACACUUCCUUUCCACAAAAAAGUGUGUGUCACAAUCCAACCAACACGCUGGCCAAAAUGCUGUCUUUUUUGUAUGGGUAUUUUGUCUACAUAGUGAGCUCCAGACCAACCAGGCUUCAUAGUAAGACUGUCCUAAGGUGACUAUGGCUAUAAUGCUGGAGGAGCUGAGAGUUCUACAUCUGGAUCUGAAGACAGCAUAAGGAGACUGUGAGCCACACUGGUGUAGCUUGAGCAUAUGAGACCUUAAAGCCUACCCCCACAGUGACACACUUCCAACAAGGCCAUGCCUCCUAACAGUGCCACUCCCUAUGGGCCAAGCAUUCACACGAGUCUGUAGGGGCCAUACCUAUUCAAACCACCACAGACUCAUAUAGUUCAGACUGGUCUUGAACUCCCUGUGUAAACAAGGAUGACUUUGAACUUCGGAUCCUCCUCCCUGUUCCUCCCUCCUGAGUGCUGGGAUUACAGGUGUGUAUCACCACAUCUGGUUUACUUAGCUUUGGAGAUAGAACCCAGGGCUUUGUGCAUGCUAUGUGUCUUAGUUAGGGUUUCUAUUGCACCAUGACCACGGCAACUGUUAUAAAGGAAAACACUUAAUUGGGUCUGGCUUACACUUCAGAGGUUUAGUCCAUUAUGGACACAGCAAGAAGCAUGGCAGCACACAGGCAGACAUGGUGCUGGAGAAGGAGCUGAGAGUUCUACAUCUGGAUCCACAGACAGGAGAAGAGACCAGUGUCCCACACUGGGCAUAGCUUGAGCAUAUGAGACCUCAAAGUCUUCCCCCACAAUGACACACUUCCUCCAACAAGGCCACACCUCCUAAUAGUGCCACUCCCUAUAGGCCAAGCAUUCAAACACAUGCACUCUGCCAAAUGAGACACAUCUCCAGUCCAGCAAAUGCUUGUUGAGCCAUGUCCCCAGCACUAGGGAGAUAUAGAAGAAAAAGGACAAAGAGACACAUCUCCAGUCCAGCAAAUGCUUGUUGAGCCAUGUCCCCAGCACUAGGGAGAUAGUAGAAGAAAAAGGACAAAGUUGCUGUGCUCAUGUGACCAGCAUUUUUUAUAGAGAGAUAGUAAAAGUGAGAGAGAGAAAAAAAAAAUCUCAUCUCUGAUGGCCCCCGAGAACCAUCUCACCCAUAGGUUCCAUUAAAUACUUGCAUCCUCUCAUCGGGCUUACUUCUUUUUACCUAGGGCUGUCAGUCAAAGUUCCUGAGACUUGGGAGGAUUAUGGAUAGUGUAGCAGUGUUCCCAGGGGAGGAGGAAAGAGGCAAUUUAGAUGCAGCCACACUCCUGUGAGAUCCCAUGGAAGGCAAAGGUGGCUUAGAUGUUGAGUUUUAAGGCACAUUAAAGAGGUUUGGGGGCAUAAAAAACAGCCAUAUAGUUGACUACAGAAUUAACUUCAAUUUUUAAAAAACAUAAUUAUAGAUAUCUUUCAUUAUUGAAAUAUGUUCCUUGCUUCUAAAAAAAGUAAGUAAAAAUACGGUGACAGAACCCACAGGAAGAAAAAUGCCCAUCCUCCCCCUGACCAAACCUUCAAUGAUCAUCAUCGUGGUGACCACAGGUAAAUCCCUGGAAUUUCAGUUGCAGGGGAGGGUGAGUGGAUGGAUGGAUGAGUGGGUGGGCUAGUGAAAGAUAAAUAAUUUGAUAAAUGGAUGAGUGGGUGAAGGAUGAUGAAUGGGUGGGUAGAUGAAUGGAUGUAUGGGUAGAUGGGUAGGUGGGGGGGGGAAUGAAUGGAUGUGUGGGUAGAUAGAAGGAUGAGUGGUGAGUGUGUGGGCAAGUGGAUGGAUGGAUGGAUGGAUGGGCACAAUUUUGCGAUUGUAUUGCUUAUAUGUUUUUAAUAUUUUGUGUGUAUAUGCAUGUACAUGUCUGUGUUUGUGCAUAUAGACCAGAGGUGAGUGUGUUCCUCAGUUGCUGUCCAUCUUCAAUACCAAGGCAGGGUCUCCUGCUGAACCUAGGGCUCACCAACUUGCACAAAUCUAGCUUGCCAGUUUGCUCCCAUGUUGAGAUUACAGGCAGGGCAUAACUACCUGGCAUUGCUGACAUUUACAGAUGAUGGGGAUCUUGUCACGGGUGGCAAGCACUCUGUGCUAAACCAUCUCCCAAGCCCUGUACCAUCUGGCUACUUUCAAGGUCUUUUCCUCCAUGCCAUGAGAAUCUUCAGUUUGCUUGAGUGACUAAAGUAACAGCUACAUAUCGUGGACUAUGGGGGUCCAGCCCCUCUAUAGUCCCCUCCCAGGGUCCAGGAAGAAUCUACAACCAGCUGAUAAUUUAAUCUUUGAUGAUAGGAAAUGAAUCUAUGUACACAGAACUCCUUAGUCCACACACUUUAUUAUUCUGUGUCAGUUCUCUCUCUAUAAGCUUCUAUUCUGUUCUCAUGCCUAGCUCCUUUCUUGCCUGAUUUUUAUCUGCAUUUAUCUGCUGUCCCCUCUAAGUUCUAUCUUAAUCCUCUCAUCUUAGUUCUGCCCCAUCUAGGUUCUCAUCAAUCUAGUUCUUUCCCACCUCAUCUCCUCUCCCAUCUCCUUCUUUCUCAUCUUGUUCUUCCCCAUCUAGCUCUUCUUCAUCUUCCAUCUUGUUCCUCUAGUACUCACUUUUAGCCCUUCAAUUUAGUUCUUCCCAUCUAGUCUGUUCCUCUCCAGUUCUUACCCAUCCAGUUCUUCCGUUCUCUUUUUUCCUCUCUCUCGCCUCCUCUCAGUCUCCUUAUUCUCUCAGUUCUCCCCAAGUCUCUCAGGAAUCCAGUUAUAAACCCAAGCCGUAGCAAUCCUCUGGCAGAGCAAGGUCACAGGCUUGAAUUCUUACAGGGUCAUAAAGGCAGAGAAGAGUUUUCCUCAGGCAGUGACCACCAGGCUUUCUUUUACAGCCCAAAAGGGAAGUGGUAAAGGAGGAGGAGGUCAAUUGAGAACUAAUGAUCGGUUAGUAUAUCAAAAAGGGAAUUUAUGUGCUCAAUCUACAUUCCUAGAAGUGGUUAGGUAAGAAAUUAGGAGUCUAUAAUGUUAGUAAAACUGUAUAAGAAAGGAGGGUCUCAGCUUGAAUUACACAAGGAAUAAAGCUAUCCCCCUGACCUAGGAGACAGUGUUGUUUCCAUAAGGGUGUUACCUUUGUUCAGGAGAUGGUUUGGCCUUGGAUGCUUGAUAGGUAUUUUAGAUAAAUACACUGCUAGGAGUUCUUGGAAGUACAUAGCAUACAAGAAAAUCGUUGUAGGAACCAGCUUAUAUAUAUACAAAAGCUAAAAUAUCACCAAGACUUCUUAAGCCAUGGUCUGACCUUCAGAAAAGUCCUUGACUUUUCCAAGUAGUAGCUUUUGUGAUAGUAGCUGGGUUCCAUUAUAUUUUCCUGUGGUUUGCAGUAGCUACACAUCCUGCUUUUCCUCACAGCUAGAGAACAUACUUCUAGCCAGUGAAAAUAUCCAGGAAAGCUGCUGCUUUUCUCCUUACAAUGAUAGAGUGCUGGGUAUGAUAAUAGACACCUGUAAUCCCAGCCUUGGGGAGGCUGAAGCUGCAGGAUAAUAUAUUCAAGGUCAGUCUGAGCUACAAAGUGAGACCCUGUCUCAGAAACAGUCAGGUAGAGGUUGGGGCCAGCCUUUAAUUCCAGCACUCUGGAGGCAGAGGCAGGCAGAAUCUCUGUGAGUUCAAGGCCAGCCUGGUCUACAGUGUGAGUUCCAGGAUAGCCAGAGCUACACAGAGAAACUUUGUCUCGAAAAACAAAACAACAAAACCAGAACCAGUGGCUGGUGGGAAUCACUGUCCACUCCUGGGAGGUGUGGACAUCAGUUCCCUGCAGCACCUUAAGCCCUGUGCCCAGGCCUGGGUCUGAAUCUUUCUAGGUUUCUAUGCUGAUCAUCCAAGGCAGAGGGAGAGCUUAGCCUUCCUGGAGACCUAGGCUGUGUGGAGGAGUGGUCAGCAUCUGAACGAGAAGCAGCUUUGGGUGGAAAAAAGAAGCACAGGCUGUGGGAAGGCAUCUGCUUCCUUCCUUCCAGUGAGGGCAAGAGCCAGAGAGGGAAGGAACCGAGGCCUCCUGCCUCCAGCCAUGUGCCUUCUGCCAUACCCAUUUUACAGAUGGGGAGACUGACAAUUUCAUAACCAGAGUCUUGAACCUGCUGCAGCUGCUGCUGCAUUUCCUUCACUGAUGUCAGAACUAGAUUCUUCAGGCUUCUCACAGAGACUAAAGACCAUCAGCUCACCGGGAAUCCUCCAGGCCUUCAAUGUCAGAUUGGGACUGCUGGGGCAGUCAGCCUUGUGGAAUGAGCAACUACUGGCUCCCUUUCCAGUGUGUCAGCCAUUGUGGGACUACUCUGGCCAUUUCAUGUAAAUCAAUCUAAUAAAUA